CCACCCAAUCCGCGUAUCCCGCCAUUGCGCUCAAGUUCACAUGUACGAAGACUCAUGGCAGUUUUACGGAAGUGAUUUUGCUGUCGUGUCGCGAACACGUCCACGGACAUCGGCACAACAUUCUUCUACGAGCGUUCCCCUGUAGCUUGACAGAAUAAUCAUUAUUGAUGGAUAAAAUGGAGCAGAAUCCGCCGCCACCUGGUUUUGCCUCACCUCCAUACACUCCAUAUCCGCAGCCACCACCACAACCACAGCCACCACCACAACCAAGUGUCAUUAUAACGGCCGGAGCUUUUGGUCCACAAUCGCAACAUCUGACUUGUCCACACUGUCAUGCUAAUAUAUCCACACGCGUGGAAACGGAAGCGAACAUGAAAACUCAUUUGAUCGCGCUGCUUCUUUGUGCUUUGGGACUCUGGUGUUGUGUACCAUGUCCCUACUGUAUGGACGGCUGUCUGGCGAAGAAACAUUAUUGUCCAUCAUGCGGUACUUAUCUUGGAAUAUCCGAAAAUUGACGAAUUCUGAAUUAGAUAAGAAUACAAAGAGAUACUGUGGCAUUAUUGUCGACCAAUAUGUGUAGGAUAAAAAAAAACAAUUUGUGUAUGCUUUAAAAAAAUAUCAAUUA